GGAAUCCUGGCGACGGCUGCGGGCGAGGGGCGGGGGCGGCGGUCGCGGGAGGGAGCCGGCGGGGGCGGGAGCGCCCAGCACGCCCCGCGCUCCACAGAGCCCUGCUCCAUGCGGACCCGCGGGCGGGAGGGCGCCACGCACGUCGCCGCAGCGGCCGUCCCCGCGGGCGGGGACCGAGCCUGCCACCGAGCCGCCGACCUCCCUCGCCGGGAGCCCUGACUCUAUGGCCCCGGGGGAGCGCGCCGGAGCCUCCGCGCCGCCCACCACCAGCCGGAACCCGAGCGCCAGCCGGAGGAAGAGGGGAGCCCCGGGCGCCGCCGGCCCCGGCCCCGGCCCAAGGGCCCGCCCGCGGUCCCCGUCCCCGCCGCGGGGAAUGGCGGGCAGGUAGCCGGCUGGCGCGAGGACCCCCGCGGCGGGCAAGACCAGCCGAGGACGCCCCGAGAGAGGGAGGAGAGCGGCGGCCCGCCCGCCCCCGGCCGCAGCCCCAGCAGGGCCCUCCCCCGGCGGCGCGCGCCCCCGCGCGCCCACCCCCGCCCCCCGGGGCCCCGCUCCUGCCCAACCUCGCCUGCCCCCCGCGAGUGCUGAACCCCCUGGGUCCGGAUGCCAUGGGUAACAACUUCUCCAGUAUCCCCUCUCUGCCCCGAGGAAACCCGAGCCGGGCGCCGCGGGGCCACCCCCAGACCCUUAAAGUUAACCUUCCAGACUAGGGGAGAGGAGGAGGGAUGGGACCACCAUCCUGUGUUCUAGCUCCGACCAUUUCAGAACUUCCGCUCUCAGUUUGGGAAAAUCGGUAGGUUUGUUGUGUCUUUCUGGAAAUUAAUAUGGUGGUACAUGUCAAGGCCUUUUAAAAUAGCAUAUUCAUUGGCCUUGUGAUUACUCUUAGAGGAGCUGACCCUAGCAAAAUGGAGAUCCAGGCAAAUACUUACACAUUAGGUUAGGAUGUUCACAGCAGUUGUGUUUAUACUAGGAAAAUAACCUAAAUGCCCCGUAAUCAUGGUAUGUCCUCUUGGUGGAGUAUUAUGCAAUCUUUAAAAUUGUAUUUUUGAAGAAUAUUUGAUGAUUUGGGAAAAUGCUCAGUGCAGCACUAUAAUGACAGUUGAAAAAGGCAGGACAAAAAAA